ACAUUAGGCAUCAGCAGCAGCAUCCAGCGCCCUCACCGACCACUGCAAAAGAGACACAAGAAGACACACACUGCCAGAGAGAGAGAGAGAGAGCUGUGCCGCACUGCCAUUUUCUCUCUCUACAAAACCGUACCCUUUUAUAUUCUCUCUCCCUCUCGCCUGAUUCCAAAAAGCAUCAAAGACCCACACCCACCCCCCUUUGCUUUUUCUCUCUAGUCUCUGUUCAGAGUUUCACUACCCACUAUCUCCUCUUCAGCUCCCAUGAACACUUGAAGUGCGAUAGAGAUAAUAACCUGAAGAUGCAGAGGCCACAACAUGAAGAUUUUACUCUUAAGGAGACCAAACCCCACCUGGGUGGAGGGAAGGUCUCAGGUGAUAAGCUUACUAGUACCUAUGACCUUGUUGAGCAGAUGCAAUACCUCUAUGUCCGGGUUGUGAAAGCCAAGGAUUUGCCAGGGAAGGAUGUUACAGGGAGUCUUGAUCCUUAUGUGGAGAUUAGGCUGGGAAACUACAAGGGAACUACCCGCCAUUUUGAGAAGAGGAGCAACCCUGAAUGGAAUCAGGUGUUUGCUUUCUCCAAGGACAGGAUUCAGGCAUCUGUGCUUGAGGUGUCUGUGAAGGAUAAGGAUUUUGUUAAGGAUGAUUUUGUUGGUCGGGUUUUGUUUGAUCUGAAUGAGGUUCCAAAGAGGGUUCCGCCCGAUAGUCCUCUGGCACCGCAGUGGUAUAGGCUGGAGGACAGGAAGGGGGAUAAGGUUAGAGGAGGAGGGGAGCUGAUGUUGGCUGUUUGGAUGGGUACUCAGGCUGAUGAGGCAUUCCCCGAGGCAUGGCAUUCGGAUGCAGCAGCUGUUAGCGGGGCUGAUGGCCUCGCAAAUAUAAGGUCGAAGGUAUACCUUUCGCCCAAGCUUUGGUACUUGAGAGUUAAUGUAAUCGAGGCUCAGGACUUGCUCCCGAACGAUAAGAGCAGGUUUCCAGAAGUUUUUGUUAAGGCAAUUCUGGGAAAUCAGGCUCUGAGGUCCAGAGUUUCCAUGAACAAAUCUAUCAAUCCAAUGUGGAACGAGGAUCUAAUGUUUGUCGUUGCAGAACCAUUCGAGGAGCCUCUCAUUUUGAGUGUGGAAGACAGGGUUGCACCCAACAAGGACGAGGUUCUGGGGAGGUGUGCUAUUCCUUUACAGUUUGUGGACAGAAGGUUGGAUCACAGGCCACUCAACUCCAGGUGGUAUAAUCUUGAGAAACAUAUAAUCGUCGAGGGGGAAAAGAAGGAAAUAAAAUUUUCCAGCAGGCUUCACAUGAGAAUAUGCCUGGAAGGCGGGUAUCAUGUUCUGGAUGAAUCAACACAUCAUAGCAGUGAUCUUAGACCAACCGCAAAGCAGUUAUGGAAACCCAAUAUCGGUGUUCUUGAAGUGGGUAUUAUUAGUGCUGGUGGGCUUUCGCCUAUGAAGACAAAAGAUGGGCGGGCGACAACAGAUGCUUACUGUGUGGCGAAAUAUGGACAGAAGUGGGUUCGAACAAGGACAAUAAUCGACAGUUUUGGUCCAAAAUGGAAUGAACAAUACACUUGGGAGGUUUUCGAUCCUUGUACUGUUAUAACUAUUGGCGUGUUUGAUAACUGUCAUCUGCAGGGAGGAGAGAAAUCUGGUGGGUCGAGGGACUCGAGAAUUGGGAAGGUCAGGAUUCGGCUUUCUACCCUGGAGACGGAUCGUGUUUACACACAUUCUUACCCGCUUCUGGUUUUGCAUCCCACCGGGGUAAAGAAGAUGGGCGAAAUUCAAUUGGCUGUUAGGUUUUCUUGCUCUUCCUUGCUUAAUAUGAUGCAUAUGUACUCACAGCCCCUACUGCCCAAAAUGCAUUAUAUCCAUCCCUUAACUGUUAUUCAGCUCGACAGCUUGAGGCACCAGGCCACUCAGAUCGUAUGGACGAGGUUGAGUCGGGCUGAGCCGCCUUUAAGGAAAGAGGUAGUGGAGUAUAUGCUGGAUGUUGGUUCCCACAUGUGGAGUAUGAGGAGGAGCAAGGCUAAUUUUUUCAGGAUUAUGGGCGUUUUAAGCGGGCUAAUUUCUGUCGGGAGAUGGUUCGAUCAAAUAUGCAACUGGAAAAACCCGAUUACAACUGUUCUGAUUCACAUAUUGUUCUUGAUUCUAGUCUUGUACCCAGAGCUCAUCCUCCCUACUGUGUUCCUCUACCUGUUCUUGAUUGGAGUGUGGAACUACAGAUGGAGGCCAAGGCAUCCUCCCCACAUGGACACGAGGCUCUCGUGUGCUGACAAUGCCCAUCCUGACGAGCUCGAUGAGGAGUUCGAUACGUUCCCCACCUCCCGCCCUCCCGAUGUUGUGAGGAUGCGAUAUGACCGCCUGAGAAGCAUUGCGGGACGGGUUCAAACCGUGGUCGGGGAUUUAGCUACUCAAGGGGAAAGGCUGCGGUCUCUGCUCAGCUGGAGAGACCCGAGAGCUACAGCGCUGUUCGUGCUCUUCUGCCUCGUGGCUGCCAUUGUCCUCUAUGUCACGCCCCUCCAAGUCGUCGUGCUUUUGAUUGGAUUCUACACCUUGAGACACCCGAGGUUCCGCUACAGGCUUCCCUCCGUGCCCCUUAAUUUCUUCAGAAGGUUACCGGCUAGGACAGACUGCAUGCUAUGAAUUGCAUGCGUGCAUGCCUUCAUCUUUACAUUCUAGUUCUUCUGUGUUAAGUUGUUGUUAGAAGUUGGGCAACUGAUGCGAAUCCAAUCCAUGUCUGUUUUUUAUUUGUAGUGUUGUAGGUUGUUAUGUCGUUUUCGGGAACCUUAAUGUUAUUUUAAGGGCUAAAUGGCUAAUAGCUUGAAAGAGUUAUGUGCAUCUGUGGUCAAUUGCAGUUUUA